AUGUCGGAACAGCAAUUGCAACCGCCUUUCGAUGCGCACGCAUCCUCCUCACCCGCCCAGAUAGCACCUGUCCUUAACGUGCGCUCUGCUGCUUCCUCCUCGUCCAACUCAUCCCACGCUGCGCUCAUGGACGACACUCGUACCUCUCAGUCGGCAGCUGCCAUCCAGCAUGCCAACAUUUCGCCUGAUCGUCUCUUCUCCUGGCGCGACAUCACCUAUGAUGUGCUUCUCUCCAAAGCCCGUCGCAAAGAGAUCAAAAUGAACGCAGCCGUACCCUCGUCUUCCGCCAAGACUGCCACGACCGAAAAGGCGGCCUCUCAUGACAACGUUUCGGACGCAGAGCAUGGCACCGCAUCUCUCACACCCCCUCCCGACCAAGAGGCGCUCGAGGAAUACAACCAAGUCUUUUCGCACCUUCCGCCGCUCGACCCCUUGAGACGACGUGUGCUCAACGGUGUCAGCGGACAUGUCGAGAAAGGCGAGAUGGUCGCCAUUCUCGGUGCUUCGGGUGCAGGAAAGACAUCGCUCCUCUCGGUGCUCUCGGCUCGUCUCGACAAGUCGUCCGACAUCGCCGGAGAGGUGCUCUUCCAGGCGAAUCAACGCGAUCCCACCACAUGGAAACGGCUCACUGGUUUCGUCGAGCAAGAUGAUCUCAUGUUCUCUGCUCUUACCGUUCAAGAGACGCUGCAAUACUCUGCCGAUCUUCGUCUGCCGAAACGUCUGUACAACAGGCGUGAGCGACAACAGCGUGUUCAGGACACCAUCAGCAUGCUCCGACUUGACAAAUGCAGGGACACGCGAAUCGGCGGUCCCAAUCAACGCGGUGUCUCGGGGGGUGAGCGCAAACGUGUCGCCGUCGGCACCGAGCUCGUCGCCGACGUCAGCGUGCUUCUUCUCGAUGAACCCACUUCGGGCCUCGACGCUUUCGCAGCGCUCAACCUGGUCAAGAACCUCAAAGAGAUCACGCGCGAGCGCGACCUCUACACGCUAAUGACCAUCCAUCAACCAUCAUGGAACAUGUUCAAACACUUUGACAGGGUCAUUCUUCUCACUCGUGGCCAGGUUUACUACUCGGGCCCACCCACUUUGGCGCCUGCAUGGUUCUCGUCGCUCGAACAUAAUGUUCCGGAAGGCGUCAAUCCUGCCGAUUUUUACAUUACCAUUGCGGAGAACUACGAAAAGACCAAUGCAGCUGAACGACGGGUGCGCGGACUGCUGUCGUCAUGGCGCGAAAAGGGGCAAGAGUUUCUAAGUGCUCAAGCCACCAAAGAUCUCAGCUUGACCACCAGCAGCGAUCCUGUUGGCGCCGAGCAGAAAGCUGGCUCGAUGGAGCGAAAAGCGUCGCGUAUCGUACCGAAAUCCAGCGAUGCCUCUGAACUCGCUGGUUCAUGGCCCAACUCGUGGCUGCACGAACUUUGGGUGCUAUCGCAUCGGUGCGCUAUGCUCAUCUUCAAGGAUCCCACCAUCGUAUUUGCUUCGUUUGGACAAAACAUUGUGCUGCUCAUCAUCAUCGGCUUUGCCUUUUUUCGUCUGGAUUACGACCAAGGCGGUGCGCUCGCAAGGAUCGGAGUUCUGUUCAUUGUUCCCGUUAACGCUUCGUUUGCUGUACUCUUCCCCAUUCUCGCCAUCUUUCCUCUGCAACGCAACAUUAUGCUGCGCGAGCGAUCGGCUGGAACUUAUCGCAUUUCGUCGUUCUAUCUCUCCAAGAUCAUCACCGAGGUCCCCAACCAGAUGCUUCAACGUCUUCUGUUUUACAUUUGCGUCUACUGGAUGUUGGGCUUUCGUCAAUCAGCGGGCGCAUUCUUUAUCUGGCUUGGCAUCAACCUGCUACAGGUGGCAACGGCGAUCGGGUUGGGACUCGUCAUCGGAUGCGGUUCAUCUUCGAUCGAGUUGGCAAACGUUUUUGCACCCGUGAUCAAUGUCGUCUUUUUGCUGUUCGGUGGUAACCUGUUACCGCUCUCGUCGAUUCCACCUUGGUUCAUCUGGCUUCACUGGUUGUCUCCAAUCACGUACACCUACUCGGCGUUGGCACAGAACGAGUUCGAGAUGCUGACAUUCAGUUGCAGUGCCGAUUCGCAGCAGUGUUAUAGCUCGGGUCAGGACGUAUUGAACCAGUACGACUUGCAGAGGUUCACCAUCGCCGAAAACGCUGGCUUCCUGGCGGCAAUCACUGUCGUCUUUUUGGCGAUUGGGUAUGUUUUGCUUAGGUGGUUGGGUCGACCGAGCUUCCGCUAUGUACAGCCGAAAAUGUCGCUCUCGAAACAGCUUUGA